CAGGGGAAGGGGGGGAGGCUGCAAGCAGGAACGGACAGGGCGAGGGAAAAGAGCAGAGACAGGAAGGGGUUGCCACAGUAGGUCGGCCGCGCCCCACAGCCUGGCAACAGGGCUCCAGGUCCAGCCCAGGCACGGUGUGGGGGAGGCGGCCAGACCUCCGUGGCAACCUGGAAGGCCCCCUCCCCUCCCCCAGCAUGGGAAGGCGGCCUGAGGGAGAAAUGCGGAGGGCGGGGACUGCUGCCGCCUGCUCCCAAUGAGCUCAUCCUGGUUGCUUUUGCUGGCUGGCGCGGCGAGGAGAGUCCCGCUCGGGACGCGCACCCGGAGAACCUGAAGCGCCUCGAAGGCGCGCGGUUCCCAGCGAGGCGGGAAAAAGAACUGUGUUAAAAUGUUAAAAGCAGUCCUGAAGAAGAGCAGAGAUGGUGCAAAGGCCAGCAAAAAGGAAUCCGGUGACUCCUGUUCUGAAAGUGCACUACAGAUAAUUACCACAUCUGGCUACAAUGCAGACAUUCCUGGUGGUGUACAGCCUGUAUCUGAAGAUGCCUACAGAAUGAAUUUGACCAAAGGAGUUUCUAUGUCGUUGCCAUCGUCACCUUUGCUGCCUCGUCAUGCCUACUUGAUGCAAUCUAGAGCCAGCAAAAAAUCUCCAGGUCCAAUCAGGAAGCCCAAGUAUGUGGAAAGUCCCCGGGUGCCUGGAGAUGCAGUCAUUGUACCGCUGAGGAAAGAACCAACGGAACACAACCAGAAUGAAGCAAAGUCAGAAAAGGAACCAAGCUGCUCCCCAGCAGCUCAGGAACUGAUGACGAGACUGGGAUUUCUGCUGGGAGAAGGCAUUCCAACUUCUGCCCACGUCUCUGCAGAAGAAAAACAUGAAAAUAUGUACACAGUAGUUAGUCAAGGAGUCAGUCCCUGUUCUACGCUAACUAGCAGCACGACGUCGCCCAGCACUGAUAGUCCCUGCUCAACUCUGAAUAGCUGUGCUGGCAAACCGGCCGCCAACAGAAGUAGUCCCUGUGAGACCAUUAGCAGCCCAAGCUCCACACUGGAAAGCAAGGACAGCGGUAUUAUAGCCACAGUAACAAGUUCAUCUGAAAACGAUGAUCGCAGUGGAUCCAGUUUGGAAUGGAGUAAAGAUGGCAGUCUUAGAACUGGUUCACAUCAAGGAAUUAUUCAUGAACGAAGGACAGAUAAUUGUUCACCAGUUGCCGAAGAGGAGACUGUUGGCUGUUCAGAAACUUUGCCUAAAGUAGAAGCAUCUUCUGGAGACGGUCCUGUAACUUAUACUCAGAGUUCUGGCUCCUUAGUGAUGCCUCGGCCCAAUUCUGUUGCAGCAACCAGUUCCACCAAGCUGGAAGACCUGAGCUAUUUGGAUGGACAGAGGAAUACUCCCUUAAGAACCUCAAUUCGUUUGCCAUGGCACAACACAGCUGGGGGAAGAGUUCAGCAAGAAAUCAAAGCACGAUUUGCCCCCUAUAAGCCUCAAGACAUUUUGCUAAAGCCACUAUUGUUUGAAGUGCCAAGCAUAACAAUGGACUCUGUGUUUGUCGGAAGAGACUGGUUAUUUCAAGUUAUAGAGGAAAAGUUGAAGAAUACAGAGCAGGCAGAGACCAGGGGAGCUGCCAUCAUUGGGAACGUGGGAUUUGGGAAGACGGCUGUUAUCUCAAAACUUGUGGCACUCAGCUGCCACGGAAGUCGCAUGAGGCAAAUUGCUUCCACCAGCCCAAGUUCUUCUCCGAAAACCAGUGACCCCUGUCAGGAGAUUCCUCUCAGCCAGUUAUCCCCUUCUGCCUCCAGUGGGAUCGGCACAGUCAAAACCUUGAACUGCCCCUCUGCUCAGGAAAAUCAGAACCAAACAAUUGAUUCAGUUAGACGGCUUGCUUCAAAGGUUGUUGCCUAUCACUACUGCCAAGCUGACAAUACAUAUACAUGCCUUGUCCCAGAAUUUGUGCAUAGUAUUGCAGCUUUAUUAUGCCGGUCGCAUCAGCUAACAGCAUACAGAGAUCUUCUGAUAAGGGAACCACACCUGCAGAGCAUGCUUAGCCUCAGGUCCUGUGUUCAAGAUCCAGCAGCUGCGUUCAGAAGAGGAGUGCUGGAACCACUAAUUAAUCUUAGAAAAGAACAGAAAAUUCCACAAGAGGAAUGCAUCAUUUUGGUAGAUGGCUUAAACGAGGCUGAAUUCCACAAGCCCGAUUAUGGGGAUACAGUUUCUUCAUUCAUUGCAAAUAUUAUUUCUAAAUUUCCUCCCUGGUUAAAACUAAUUGUAACUGUGCGAACAAACUUUCAGGAGUUAAUUUGCUCACAACCUUUCUUCAUGAUCUCCCUAGAUGAUUUCCCUGACAACAAAGAAAUACAAGCUGAUUUGAAUGCCUAUAUUCAGUACAGGAUCGGUGCUAGCCAGGACAUUGUAAACAACAUAUCUCUGAAUGGAAAAGCGGAUACAGCUAUCAUUGGGAAAGUGAGCAACCACUUGAUCAUGCGGAGCAUGGGGUCUUACCUCUACUUAAAACUGACGCUAGAUCUUUUUCAGAAGGGUCACCUAGUCAUCAAAAGUGCCAGCUACAAGGUAGUCCCAGUCUCCCUCUCAGAGCUUUAUUUACUUCAGUGCAACAUGAAAUUUAUGACUAACUCAUCAUUUGAAAGAGCCCUACCAGUGCUCAAUGUAGCUCUGGCAUCCCUUCAUCCAUUGACAGAUGACCAGAUUUUCCAAGCUAUUAACGCUGGCCAGAUACACGGUGAACAGGAGUGGGAAGAAUUCCAUCAAAGAAUGGAGACCCUUUCAAGUUUCCUGAUUAAAAGGCGGGACAAGACACGGAUGUUUUGCCAUCCUUCGUUCCGGGAAUGGCUCGUAUGGAGAGCAGAUGGUGAAAGUACUGACUUCUUGUGUGAGCCAAGGAAUGGACACGCUCUCCUGGCGUUCAUGUUCUCGCGGCAGGAAGGAAAGCUUAACCGUCAGCAAACGAUGGAACUUGGGCAUCACAUUCUGAAAGCUCAUAUUUUCAAGGGACUGAGUAAGAGGACUGGGAUUUCUUCCAGUAAUCUUCAGGCCUUAUGGGUUGGCUACAGCACCGAUGGUUUGUCAGCAGCCCUUGCAUCUUUGCGAAAUCUCUAUACUCCUAAUGUGAAGGUGAGUCGUCUGCUGAUUUUGGGCGGUGCAAAUGUAAAUUACAGGACAGAAGUCCUCAACAAUGCUCCAGUAUUAUGUGUUCAGUCUCACCUUGGUCAUGAAGAAAUGGUCCUCCUCCUGCUAGAAUUUGGUUCUUCCAUUGAUGGUGCAUCUGAGAAUGGAAUGACACCACUUUGUUGUGCAGCAGCUGCUGGCCACAUGCACAUAGUUUCAUUACUAUGUAAAAAGGGAGCAAAGAUCGAUCACUUGGACAAAAAGGGACAAUGUGCUUUGGUUCAUAGUGCUUUAAGAGGCCAUUCUGACAUUCUUGAAUAUUUGCUGAGCUUGGAUUGGACUGCCUCUUCCCAUUCGCAGAGUUCACUGACAAAACGGCAGGCGCUUCAGCAGGCUUUGACGGCAUCUUCAAGCAUGGGACACUGUCAGGUGGUUCGUUUUCUGAUAAGGAUGGAAAAAGAGCCAAAAAUAGACAUCAAUGAAACUGAUACCCUGUGGGGAGAAACUGCUUUGACAGCUGCUACUGGGAGAGGAAAACUAGACAUGUGUGAACUGCUACUUGAACAUGGUGCUCUGGUAACGAGAAAUAAUAGGAGAGGGAUCCCGCCACUCUUCUGUGCGGUGCGCCAAGGACACUGGCAGAUUGCAAAACUUCUACUGGAACAUGGAGCGGAUGUAAAUCUAAGUGACAAACAAGGACGGACACCACUAAUGGUGGCUUCUUGUGAAGGCCAUUUAAGCACUGUAGAAUUUCUGAUCUCCAAAGGUGCAGACAUUGCGUUGCUGGAUAAAGAGGGCCUGACAGCCUUGAGCUGGGCUUGUCUGAAAGGACACAAAAAUGUGGUUCAAUAUUUGGUUGAAAAAAAUGCCACAGUAGACCAGACGGACAAGAAUGGGAGAACUCCCUUGGAUCUAGCAGCUUUCUAUGGAGACUCGGAUAUUGUGCAGUAUUUAGUGGACAAGGGAGCAGUGAUUGAACAUGUUGACAACAGUGGGAUGCGCCCAUUGGACAGAGCAAUUGGAUGUCGAAAUACAUCAGUUGUGGUUAUGCUGCUUCGGAAAGGAGCCAAAUUAGGAAAUGCCGCUUGGGCUAUGGCUACUUCGAAACCUGAUAUUCUGAUAAUCCUUCUACAAAAGCUGGUUGAAGAAGGAAACAUAAUGUACAAAAAAGGGAAGAUGAAAGAGGCCGCACAGCGGUACCAGUAUGCCUUAAGGAAGUUUCCUCGGGAGAGUUUUGGAGAAGAAAUUAAAGCUUUCAAUGAGCUCAGAGUUUCUCUAUAUCUAAACCUGUCACGAUGCCGAAGAAAAACAAAUGAUUUUGGCAUGGCGGAUGAGUUUGCGAGCAAGGCCCUUGAUCUCAAACCCACAUCUUAUGAAGCGUAUUACGCCAGAGCAAGAGCCAAGAGGAACAGCAGGCAAUUCCAUGCAGCCCUUAGUGAUCUGCGUGAAGCCAUCAAGUUGUGCCCUGGUAACCAAGAAAUAAAGAGACUCCUCGCUCGAGUUGAUGAGGAGUGCAAACAGCUCCAGCGAACACAGCAACAAAAGCAGCAGUGUCCUCUGCCAACCCCGCAGAGCAAUGACUCGGACAAUGAGGGGGAAACUCUUGUGCAGGAUCCCUUCAGCUUGGAAGAGAUAGAAGAGGAGGAACUUUCGCACGAGGAGGUGUCUGGUCCACCUACACAGCGGCCGCCACUUCCCCAAGCUGCUUCUUCUUGCAACAGAAACCCUCCGGAAGGGAAUCCCCCGAAAUAUAGGCCCAUUUCCCCUACAAAUAGAGGAGGCAGCAAAUUUCUGCGUGAGCCUGGCUUGACGAUGCAGCCCACAAAACAAGCCCAGAUAGUUAAAACUAAUCAGCAUCUGAAUUCCAUCCAGGCUGGGACAAGAGCUGGAACUGGUCAGCCUGGCACCAAGACUCAGCCCCUUCAGUAUCUUCCUCCAAGCCCUGUGCCCGCCAGGCACCUUACAAAUCUAAGCAACAAUAAAAGUCAGCAUUUGGAUGGCACCAACACACUUUCUGCAAGCAUUCCUGCGGGCAGUAGCUCUGCCGUCUUCAAUGAAAGACUGACGGCUGGACAGUUUUCGUAUUUGCAGCACAACGAGAAAGGAUCAUCUCACAUUUUCUUAACUAAAUCCAAAACUCACGAGAGACUAGCUGUCCACACUCCUCCAAACAUGGAGAAGACAGUCCAGCUGCCGUACCAAGGAACUAGUGAGAUGAGGCAGCAAAGUUCUAUGAGUUGUAGUUCGAUUUCUGCCAACAUGGUGGUUUCCAACUCAACAAGCAGCUUAUCUUCAAGCAGCAGCUUCUCGGAGAGUCUGAAAGGGCAAGGUCCUGACGUUCGGGUGAAGGAGAACAAAGCUAACCAAGUUCAGAGCGGGACAGCAGAACACAGGCCUCGCAAUACUCCCUUCAUGGGAAUCAUGGAUAAAACUGCACGGUUCCAGCAGCAAGUGAGCGCACCAAAUCGCAGCUGGCAUGGCCAAACUUCUGAAGGAUUCCUGAAAAGUGUUGCGACAGCUGGAGGAACUCAAUCUUCAAGUUGUGAGCAGUUCCCAGCCAAGCAGUUGGGCAGCUAUGGAAACCAGACAUUCUCUUCUUCUUCCAUCUUAACAUCAGGAGAAAGUAUCCAGAAUGGGAUGCAGUCUAAAGAACUUGAGGAGCUCAAGUGCCAAGCAUCUGCCUCGACUCAAGACAACAGGAUAGCUACGCCUGUGGCUCAUUUGUACCAGGAAGUUCUCUCUAAGCAGCACUCUCCGCUUAACAAAGACAUUCAUGCGAGUCACGUUACUUCUACAAAGCCAAAACGAUCUUUUGUAGAAUCUAAUGUGUGAAUGUGUUCCAUCAGUUUUAUCACAAACCAUGCCUCUUUGGUUGUAAAACUUAAUCCAUAGUGGCAUAUAUGAUAUUAAUAGCUGAUAUUUCACAAGGUGUAUAACAAACUUGAUCACCCGGCCACUUCUUGAACCUUAAAACAGGCCAGCAGUAUUAAGCAAAAUAUGGGCUACCACCACUUAGUUAAGAUACUGUUUAUUAAUGCAGUGGAGGAGGAAUUCCAUUGUCAAUGUCAAAUUUUGUAAGAGAGAAUUUAAACAUCCUUGCCUGAUUAACUAUAUUAGUAAUAAUACCAAGCUAAGUCCUCUGAAACGUGGAUGAAUUUAUUCUGUACAGCCAUGUAUAUAUCUUGUUAAAAAUGUUUUAACUCCUGCAAGGUGAUGGGAUCCGUAGCACAUCCACCUCUGUCCAUGACUGUUUUCUUGUCAGGAAGAUUAAGUAUUGCUCUUCCAGCUUAAUAAAGAUGCAGGUGUAAUUUCAGGAAACCUUUUGUCACUUCUGUGCAAGUCAUUCGGCAGCCAUAUUUUAUUUGAUUGUGUGAAUAAUUUUGACUUUAGUUACUAUAAGGCAGCAAAUAAAUGACAGUGGGGGGGUUUGCAUGCGUUUUGUUCAACAUCCUGGUUAUUGCACUGAGUAAUAUAUGAGAUGUUAACAACAUAUAACAGCACUUUACAUAGUUUAUCUUAACACCCUCUGAGGUGCUAUGUAAGUAACAAGAUGGAGAAUAAGGAAGGGGACUGCAAGUUUUGGUUGUGUUUUUAUAGGUCUCCCACUGAACACUGGUGGGAGGAAUAUGUGGAUUUACUUUUACAGGAAGAGCAUCUGAUUCCCCUCAGUGCUUCAGUGGGAAACUUCUUAGUUGCAAGGAUGUUUUCAAGAUGACCAGUUUGUAAGGACAUUCCUGUAAGUAACAAAGGACAACAGAAUACUCCACCUUGUACAAGCUCAAUCUUUAAUGAAUUAUUCCCUUGUGUACAGUAUGUAUGUACAUUGUAAUGGCAUUCUCGCACGGUUUUUAAGAAUUCCAUAAAGAAUUUGCAAUUUCUAAA